ACAACUUUGCCUCUGUCCUUUACUGUGCAGAACUAAGUACAGUUAAAACAGUUGAUGACAGAGCACUCGAAGGAAGUUAUACAUCUUUUACAAAAAUACAUCCAGUCCUGAACAUUAUGAUGUUGCAUGGCUCUAAGAGGAUGUGUGGAUAUCAGGAAAUGUGCUUAAACAUUCUUCGUCUCCUGAAAUGUGAUAGACCACACAGACUUGUUCAGCCAUCAGCGUGUUUAAUUUGGGGUUUCCAUGGAAACCAACGUGGCUACAGUCGGCCAGUGUAUAGCACUAAGCGACAGAAUCUGGUUACUCCUGUAUUUUUGAGGGCAGAAAAUUUCCUUAGCAAAACAGCUUUGAUAGAUUGUCACAAAGUCUUCAGCUAUGCUGAUUUGUUACACUAUAGUGCUGUCUUGUCCAAAGAAGUCCAGCAGUUGUAUGGCAGAGAACAUCUGACCAGUGACCGUGUCGCAUUACUGUGUGGCAAUGACGGCUCUUAUGUGAUUGGUCAGUGGUCAGUUUGGAUGGCUGGGGGCGUGGUGGUGCCACUGUGUAAGACACAUCCGGUUAGCGAACUGGAAUAUUUCGUGACGGACUCUCAGUGUUCGUCGAUAAUCGUGUCAGAAGAGUUCACAAACAUUGGAAAGGAACUGGCCCAAAGGACAAACAUACCUAUUAAAGUUUUGUCAACAGCUUCCAUAAGUUCAGGUUAUCUGCCAGCAGACAAUGAAUGGUUCCAAACUGAUGUGGUUGUGAAAAAAGUGCGCAGAUUACGCUUGAAAAAUAGAUUUGAUGAUUUGCUGAUGAACAAUAGUUACAAACGGAUUCCAGCAAUGAUUGUUUACACCAGUGGUACAACUGGAAGGCCCAAGGGUGUAGUAUUGACUUUUGGAAAUGUGUAUUCAGCGGUAGAGUCCAUGAUACAUGCCUGGGAGUGGAGAGCAUCUGAUGUCAUACUACAUGUGCUGCCUCUGCAUCACACCCAUGGGAUAAUUAAUACCUUGGUCACCCCUCUUCAUUGUGGAGCCACCUGCAUAAUGCUGCCAAAGUUUGAUGCUAAUAUGGUAUGGUCAAGACUGCUGAAUCCCGUGGCGGGCAACAAUUCCCAGCGAAUCAACCUUUUUAUGGCUGUGCCCACAGUGUAUGCCAAACUGAUAGAAAACUAUGACACACGGAUUAAUCGGGGUCGUGGGUCACGCUGGAUGAAGGAAUACGUCAGGUCUUCUUGCAUGUCGCGGAUAAGGUUGAUGGUGAGUGGAUCAGCUGCCCUGCCUCAGCCAAUCAUGGACAGGUGGGAGGAGAUAACAGGACACCGUCUGCUGGAGAGAUACGGGAUGACGGAGAUAGGAAUGGCCCUCAGUAACCCCCUCCAUGGACCCAGGGUCCCAGGUUCCGUUGGGACACCCAUGCCUGGGGUAGAGGUCUGCAUAGCCAGGAACAACGUGUAUGCGGAGUAUGGAUAUGAUGUCAUCACGCGAGGAAACACCAGGGGGAGUCACACCAUACCAGGUUUUGAGGGCGAGCAGGGGGAACUGUUGGUGAAAGGAUCUGGGGUGUUCAAAGAAUAUUACAACAGGCCUGAGGAGACCCAGGCAGCCUUCAGUAAAGAUGGCUGGUUUAAAACAGGUGAUACCGCUGUGUUUGAGAAGGGAGUGUACAGAAUUAUAGGCCGAACUUCUGUUGAUGUCAUCAAAAGUGGUGGUUAUAAGAUCAGCGCAUUAGACGUAGAACGCCAUCUACUGGCACAUCCCAAUAUUAUAGACUGCGCAGUUGUGGGCCUGCCGGAUAUCACAUGGGGUCAGCGAGUUGCCCUGGUGGUGGUGUUUAGAGAUGACACAGUUAUCUCCCUCGAGUCUAUCCGAGAAUGGGCCAAGGACAAGAUGGCAGCUUAUCAGAUUCCAACUGUGAUGAAAGUCCUGCCUGCGAUGCCAAGGAGCCCUAUUGGGAAAGUGAACAAGAAAGAACUUCUCAAGGAAUUGUUUCCAAAUGAAAUGAAGAGAGUUAUCUGAUGAAGAAUAAACCAAAAUCAUCCAAUUAUUGUCCAGUGAAAUUUUAAUUUUUUUUGUUGUUAUAAAAUUCAAGAGUGGCAUUUAGGAAUUAAAAGCAAUGCUUUAUUUUUUUUGUCAUUAGCUUUGAGAGAAUCCAUUUGAAUGUAAUGCAAAUUUAAUACCAUGAAUCAGUUGGUCCAAAUGAAUGUUUAAAAAUGGUACUUGUUGCUGGCCAUCAGCAAGGAAGCAUGAUUGGUUGGCCCAGUGUCAUUAUGAUGUGACUGGGUGGGUUGUCAUGUCUGGUGUCAUGAAACUUUGGUAGUAUGGACUCAAGAUACAGUGAACACCAGAAAGAUUACUAGUCUUAAUAUUCCUGAAAAGUUGUUAAGUACGACCUAAACUUAAACAUACACACAUACAUACACAUGAAAGUCAACAAAUUUGGGGAAUUCCAUGUUCAGAAUGCUAAUGAUCUGAAACAAGAUAUUAUUUAUUGAGAUAAAAAGUUUAAUUUGAAUGUUAAUUUUUUGUAUGGAAAUCAAGCAGAUCUUCUAGUUGUAGUUAUUGGAGUUCUAAUUCCUGAAUUCUCAGUGGAAAGUUAAGCUCUGAAAGGUGUGAAGAACAUUAAUGGAUGAAUACAAUACUUGAUUUUUUCAUGAUUCAGGAUAGAAGUUUAAUGAAUGAUAUAAUAAAUUUAUCUUUUUAAGCUGAUUAUUUUUUUUUUUAAAUUUUAUUAUGGUAGCUAUUAGAAACAUUUUGAAA